ACUAUAUCACAGGCGCUAGGCCUUCUAAGUUCGUAGGUAUAUAAACGAGUUACAUAGUUGCAGAAAUUAUUCAGUUACCAAAACUAGUAGCAUCAACAUGUACGCCAAGCUGAUCGUCGCUCUGUGCGCUGUGGGCAUGGCCCGCGCCGGUGCUCUCCUGCAAGCCGCUCCCCUGGCCUACAGCAGCCACGCCAUCGCCGCACCCGCCGUCAUCACCAAGACCGUGUCCCCCGCCGUUUCCUCGGUCUCCUCCUACUCCACCCACACCUCGCACGGCUCCCCCGUGGCGUACGCCGCUGCUCCCGCCUACGCCAAGACCUACGCCGCUCCCGCUGUGGCCGCCUACGCCGCUCCCGCCGUGCAAGCGUACUCUGCCCCCGCUGUCGCUGCGUACUCCGCCCCCAUUGUCACCAAGACCAUCGCUCCCGCCGUGUCUUCCUACUCUGCCUACUCCACCUCCACCUCUCACGGAUCUCCCGUCGCCACCUACGCCGCCGCUCCCAUCUACGCUAAGAGCUACGCCGCUCCCGCUGUAGCUGCGUACGCAGCGCCCGCCAUACAGGCAUACUCAGCUCCCGCUGUGCAAGCGUACUCCGCUCCUCUGGUCACCAAGAGCUACGGCUACGCCGCCGCUCCCGUAGCGUCAUACUCCGCGUACGCCGCUCCCGUCGCCUCGUACGCCGCUGCCGCGCCCGUCCUCAAGUCCGUCGCCUACUCCGCCGCUCCCGCCAUCGCGUACGGCGCACACGACAUCGGCUAUGGCGCUCACGGUGCCAGCUACGGUUGGUAAACUGAAUCUAGUCUUCAUUAAUAGGAAAUAUUGUAAAUAAUUCAAACAAAAUAUACAAUCUUAUACCUGUA